UUCGUUUAGUGAUUGGAAAUGAAUGAACAAUCAGAGAAGAGUGUCACGCAAGAGGGACACACAGGUCAAAGCUCUCCUGAGAAAGACUGUCAGAUCGGACAAAAGCAGCUGCAACAGAUAGAGCGGCAGUUAAAAUGCUUGGCAUUUCAAAACCCUGGACCACAGGUAGCGGACUUUAAUCCUGAAACAAGGCAGCAGAAAAAGAAAGCUCGGAUGUCAAAGAUGAAUGAGUAUUUUUCUGUAAAAUACAAGGUCAGGAAGAAGUAUGACAAAAGUGGCCGGCUGAUCUGUAACGACGUCGAUCUGUGUGAUUGCCUGGAGAAGAAUUGUCUGGGCUGCUUCUACCCUUGUCCCAAGUGCAACUCCAACAAGUGUGGGCCCGAGUGCCGGUGCAACCGUCGGUGGGUCUAUGAUGCCAUUGUCACCGAAUCUGGGGAGGUGGUCAGCACACUGCCAUACCCCGUUCCUGACUAGGAGCUGUUCCCUGGGAACAGCUUUGUUUCUUCUUUCUGUUUCUUCUUGACAGUGAAGCCAACCUCUUUCUCGUGGGUGGAUUUUAGGGCUUGGGGGAAAUGCUGGGAGAAGAUGCUGAAGGUUCAUGUUGUCUGAAA